CCAAGGCUGCCUGCAGUUGUGCCCGGUGACAGACGCCUGGGAGUAGCAGGUGCAGGGACGCGGCAUGGCAGAGUCACUGUCUCAGGAGGAGGUGGCUGAGUUCAAGAAUGUCUUCAACAAGCUGGACACAGAUGGGGACGGCACCAUCAACCUCCAGGAGCUGGGUGAUGUGAUGCGGGCCCUGGGCAAAAACCUAUCAGAGGCGGAGCUGAAGAAGUUCAUGGAGCGGGUAGACAGCGACCAUGACGGUGUCAUCAGCUUCCCCGAGUUCCUGGAGGAGAUAGCCAGGAGGAAGAAGGCCUUGGGCAGUGAGGAGGAUCUGCGGGCCAUGUUCCGUGCCUUCGACAUGAACGGGGAUGGCCACAUCAGCGUGGAUGAGCUCCAGCAGGCCGUGGCCCAGAUGGGGGUGCCGCUGUCCCAGGAAGAGCUGGAGGCCAUGAUCAGCGAGGCCGACGUGGACCAGGACGGGCAGGUGGACUAUGAGGAGUUCUCACGUAUCCUCUCCCAGAAGUGAGGCGCCCACCUUUGCGAACAUGCAUGCUGUCAGGGCUGCCGUGCACACCGGGCAGGGGGCAGGGAGGCCUCUGUCUGUCCCUCUCUCCCCCCAGUGAUGUUUAUCUAAAUAAAAGGACAGCGCAGUCUA